UUGUUGUGUAUCUAUGCACGCGUCGGCUUCCGUAAAUAAAGCAGUGCGCUACCGACCACCGGCCGUUUCACUUGUGUCCUAUAUCCGCGUCCCAGUCCGCAUACCUAACAUUGGCGACGAGCGUAUAUCUGCGCGUAAAAAGGAUAAACCACGUGUUGUAAAGUGUUUACAAUUAUAAAGUGAGUGAAAAUGGCGAAUAAUGUGCAAUUCGGCAUAUUAAGUACGUUCGACCACAAUUCUCAAACAUGGCGGACAUACAAAAGCCGUAUAGGACAAUAUUUUGUCGCCAACGACAUUAACGAGACAACUGAUGCGUCGGGCAAGAAAAGAAAAGCCAUCCUUCUUAGCGCACUCACUGAGGGCACAUAUAAAUUGACUACGGAUUUGGUGCGGCCCAAGGACAUAGAAAACGUGCCGUACGAAGACCUCCUGUCUGCGCUGGACGAGCAUUUCACCCCAAAAUGCGUUGGGUUUGGGGAAAGGCACAAUUUUUAUAUAGCAGUCCAACAAGCAGGAGAAACGUAUUCUCAAUGGGCCGCGAGAUUGCGCGGGCUCACGGAGAAGUGCAAGUUUCAUAAUGUAGAAGAGGCACUUCGCGACAAAUUUAUAAUGGGUAUGCUGCCCGGUCGCGAAAAAGAAAAAAUAUAUACCAAGGACCUGGCGGACCUUACACUGGCUAAGGUCGUGGAGUUGGCGGAGAAUUUGAGCCGAGGCCGCGCCGCCGCCGCCGCAAGUGCGGGCGCAGGCGCGGGCUCGGGCGCCGCUGGCGCGGCCCCUGACGCUGCCGCGGCGUCUAUAUCCACGGCGACGGAGCAGCUUUACAAAAUUGCUCAGAAAAGUGUUAGUGUAGGGAAAGUAAAGUGUGGUGUGUGCGGUUUCUCUAACCACAAAUCUGCAGAUUGCAGAUUCGCUAAUUAUGUGUGCAAGAAAUGUCACGUAAAAGGGCAUUUACGUAAAAUGUGCGGGAAAGUGAACUACGUGGUGGUAGGAAACGGUGACAAGGGUGAAAGUGACGGAGAUGAUGACGUGUAUGCCAACUAAACAGACCAAAGAACUUAAAAUUAAUAGUUUUAAGGAAAACGAUAUUGUUUUAUAUAAGAAAUUUAUUAAUAAUUUAAAGUAUACAUGGUGUAAAGGCGUAGUAUUAAAAAAAAUAGGCAAAGUAGU